GGGAAAUCCGAAGCGCGGUCUCCAUGGAGACGGGAGCCGCUGUCACCCUCGGUCGCCAUGGCGUGAAAGCUGAAAUUGGACAUUGACGAAGCCCCAACAUUCAAGCGACGCGUACACUUUAAAAUUACUUGUUAAGUGAGGGGACGGUGUUGGCAGCCGAGCGGAGGUCUCCUCCUGGGUUGCAAUGGACACCGAGGUGUGGGCACUGCUGCCCGAGACCCUACCUGAAGAGAGCGUCCGCUCUCUGCGUGGCCUCGUUGACGACAGAACGUUCAGCUGCCCGGGUCCUGGCGGGUUCACCUUCACCUUUCGAGAGCUCCUCGGGGACACAGGCCGUACCUCACUGGGCCGCCUGCUCGAUCCGCUGUUGGAUGGCCUGCUCACAGGCCACAAUGGCUGCAUGCUACUGCUGGGGCCUACAGGCUCAGACAAGGAGAGGGUCCUGGCCGGCAUGGUGUCCUCCCAGAUGCAAGUCGUAACCGGGGUCGGUGCUGGGCAGCAGCGGGCGACGGGGCUCGUGCCGCUUGCCAUGCAGAGGCUGUUCGCCGCAUUGGAGAGUGGUGCCACGCCUGGGAGCCGUGCAGUGGCGCUGUCCCUGUGCGAGAUGAGCGCCGAUGAGAGUGUGAGGGAUCUCAUGAUGUGGGAUCCGCCGGCCCCAGGAAACGAGGGAGUCCUGCAGCUCGACUUCAGCCCACAGGAGGGCAUCUACGUGCGGGGGUUGAGACGGGUGGCUGUUGGAUCGGCGGCCGAGGCAAGCACGGUCUUCCACCGCGGUUGGGCGCGACGAGCCGGGGCCGUUCCCUCUGAGUUCGGCAUCAGCUCGCCCGGCUCCACGCUCAUCCUCACCUUGCAUCUGCACCUGCACGCACACGGGGACCCGCACGGUACGAGCUCGUGGCUCCGAUUCGUCGAGCUGCCUGGCACCGAGGGGCUGCCUGGAGCGGAGGGCGAGGGGGGUGGGCACGAGCAGCCGGGCAGCAGGAGCCUCCGUGCUCUGGCUCGAGUCGCUGGCUCCCUGGCCGAUUCGCCGGGUGCCGACCGCGUCAUUGACUACAGCGGCUCGGUGCUCACGGAGCUGCUGAGCGACGUGCUGGGUGGAAACUGCGCGACGCGCGUGCUAUGCACCCUGCCCCGGGAUCCCGCGCCCGCGCCCCUCGUGGGUGCCACGUUGCGCCUGUGCGCGGCGCUGGCUCGGGUCUGCAACUUCCCGGCGUCCAACCAUUACCAUGUCCAGGGGCUGCUUACUCAGCUGCGGGCGCGACUGCAGGCGGCGCGUGGGGUCGCUGCACUAGGCAUGGGCCCCAAAGCGGACGAGGCCACCCAGGCCCUGCGGGAACAUGUGCGACGGCUCACCAAUGAGAACGAGCAACUGCGGGACAAGAACGAGCGCGUGUACAACAAGCUGCAGGAGGCUCAGGAGCGCCUGGGACAGCUGGCAGGGUCGCGCAGCGACCUGUCCAGCAAGCUGGUGAUGAGCGAGGAGGAGAAGCUGAAGAUUUCCAAGGAACUCAUCGAGCUGCAGAUCCAAGCAAACCACAUGCGUGAGCACUACGAGGCUGAGGGCUUUGAGCUCAAAAACACGGUGGUGUCGCUGGAGAGCCGUGUGCACGCGUUGGAGUCGGAGCGCGAGCGGAUCGCGCGCGACGCCAAGGCGCUGCGCACGCGCCUCGGGGACGUGGAGCGCAACCGCAAGCAGCUGGCGGACGAGUACAUCGCUCUCAAGGGCAACUACAUGGCGCUGUCCAAGGAGCACGAGAAGGAGGUGGCCAAAACGGAGGAGCUGAGCAUGGAGCUGAUGCGCGUGGCUGGGCAACACGAGGGGCUCACGCGCUCCCACGCCGCCUAUCAGGAGGCUGCCGCUGAGCUGCAGCGCGUGCGGUCGCUCGUCAGCCGCCUCUCCGAGAGAGCGAUCAAGCCUGAAGAUAUCAUAGCUUCGGAGCGGGAGCGGAGAGCCCUGGAGAGGAGCCUGUUCGGCAACCAGACUCAAAUGAGGGGUGAGCUGGAGUCUCUGAAAAAGACAUACGAUGAGCAACAGAAGAGGCUGGAGGACAAAGUGGUGUCAAUGGGACGUGAGCUCCAGGAGGCACGGAGGUCCACUCGUGAAGCGCAGCACAAGCUGGCCGAGCAGGCCGCGGCGCUGCUCACGUCAGAGAGCAACCUGAAGGAUGUGGAGGUGGAAAACUCUCGCCUGCAGCUGCAGCUCAAGGAGCUCAAUGAGGAGUACCGCUCACGGCUGCAGCGCUACGUGCGGGACCUCGCUGACUACGUGGACGGGGCGGCGGCGCGGGGCAUGGGAGAGGGCGGUGGGCUGCAGGGCGCCCGAACGCGUCACUACGUGGACGCGAUGCUGCAGGACGUGCGCGCGGCACAUCGAGCGCGCGAGGAGCAGCUCGCGGCCGCCGCACGGUCCUACAAGAAACGCGCGCGCAACGUGCUGAAACAACACGAGCCGCUGCUCAUUGCCUACAGGGUGCUGCGGGACCAGGUGGUGUCGCUGGGCCGCGCCGACGUGGACCCGGGGCCGCCCGAGGCGCGCUUCUCGCUCACGGACGCCGAGCUGCAGACGGCUCACUCGCGCGAGCUCGCUCAGCUGCGCGAGAACAAGGCGCAGUUGGAGGGGCGCGUCCGUGAACUCAGCGACCAGCUGAAGGUCUCGGGAGGCACUCCAGCAGGAAACAUCGAUGCGGGGCACGGCGGCUGGGCCGAGCUGAAGAAACAGCUGAGAGAGUUCACUCACACCACGCAGGAGGACCUGGAGCGGGAGCGCGCGCAGCUCCUGAGCCGAGCGCUCGUUGCGGAGGAGCAGCUGGCGGAGCUGCAGGAGUACGUGGACACUCACCUGAUCAGAUACAAGCAGGAGGUGACUCGGCUGCGAGGGAUGUUGGGCCAGGAGGCCGGCCUCCCGCGAGUGUCCAGCGCCUCCACGCCCGAGCCUCCGGGCCGCGCUGCCAGACGCAGGGUCACUCUGCGCAGCCGGGAGUACUGACCCCACCCCACCCCCGCCACCGUCCUUGUUGUGAUCUCAGCAUUCGUUCUGCGAGUGCUAUCGUUAGCAGUUGAUACAAAUUAUUUUGAAGACCGACAGUGCCAUUGCCCGCAUACGGCACGACUAUACAUCGUUCACGAAGAUCGUUGGGAACAGAAUAAUGAAAUGUUUAGAGGCCCACCAACCACGUGACCUAGCAUGGUUUAAGAAAGGUUUCUCUACCAAAUCAGACUCUCGAUCCUAAGCAUAAUCAGCCCCAACUCAAGGCUUUCGUCUCACAGGUUUAUGGUUUGUGGCCACACCUUGUAUGGUCUAUUAGUGAUAUACGUCAUUCACGUACAUUUGUCAAACAGGCCAAUUCUUUCUUCCACUGACCAGGGUGGUUAAGUAGAAUCAAACAACCCUUACGACCCACCUUUUAGGGGCAGGCCCUCAUCCAGCAGUGGAUUGACAAACGCGUUGUUACAUAUACUUGUCCGACUGUCUCCAUCAGAGAUUACAGCACUCAUUGCCAAGGAGACAUGUUUUGGACAAUUUCAUCAAGAUGUGACUUUAGCCUAAAAGAUCAAGUCUGUAUUGCUGAAGCAUGGGGUCCUGAUAUUUUCUAUUCACAAACGUUGGCCCACGGUAGAAAUUCCUAUGUCAGGCGCAAGUCAAACCACUAGAAUCUUGAGUGUACAGUGUAUACAUAGGAUGCAUGACAUUUAAUGAAUUCACACCACUGGGGAACAAGAGCUUGCGGUGACCUUAAUGCAGCAGUGGAUUGAUAAUGACUGAUGAUGAUGAUGAUGAUAACAUGCGGCAUGGGUCAGAAAAUGAACACAAGGAGGAGGUACAUGUUAUAAAUGUAUACUUUUAUAUACAUUAUAAUUUUCAAUAUGUUACACUUUUAGAUUCUGAAAAGGUUAAAAGUGUUGUAAAAAUUGUACAAUUAACCAACGUCGAAAGUUAGAGAGAAAUCCCACAGCACCGACAACUGCACAAUCCCCGAAAUGUUAAAAAUAGCUUUACAAUAUAAUAAAUAAUGAAUGGUGAUUCAUUAUAAAAUACUAAGUAGUGUAUUUGAGGCGAAUAUUGAAUUGUUAGUUUUAAUAAAACUCUGUGCAAGAACUACAUAUUUUAAAAUCUAUGCUUCCAUGAAAUGUUAUACCCAUGCCAUAAAUAAAUAAUAAAUAAAUAUGCCUCAGGGUAUAAGACGGUUUUAA